CAUGCUUUGCGCGCUUGGAGUCACCAGCGAUGGCCGCACCACGGACGGCUGCAGCGGCGACAGCGGCGGGCCGCUGGUGUGCGAGUCGGGCGGGGCGUGGACGAUCCACGGCGUCACGUCCUGGGGCAGGGGCUGCGCUGGCCCCGAGGGGUACGCGGGAGUGUACAGCCGGGUGUUCAGCUCGCUCGACUGGCUCUACGCGACCACAGGUCUCGCCUCUCCGUCGCCCGCGCCGACCCCGCCGCCGACGGCGCCGCCGACGUCGGCGCCGGUGCCAGGCCCUCUUGUUGGAGAACCUUCGACGGCCACAUCUACAACGGGCAGCUCUACUUCCUCUGCAGCGCUGCCGGAACUAGCAGCUGCAACUGGCGUUGGCACCGCCAGGGCUGGUGCGGCUUGACAUGGGGCUACCAGGGGCUAGCGCUGGUGGCCACAGGGCGCCCCGGCGCGCCGUGCGCGGCACCAUCCGUAGCCAUUAGGCCCAAGAUGGACCGGAAACGUUUGCGGGGGAAGCAGCCUGGCGGCGAUGGUGGCCCGGCUCUGGCCCCGCGCGCGUUGCCGGCAAGCCUGGCUGCGCCGCCACUGGCCCCGCCGGCCCUGAGCGAGUGGUUCGCCGCCGUGCUCAGGCGCGCGCCUCCUGAGUGCCAUCCGCAGUCGCCCCAGUGCGUCUUGGGGGAGCUGGCUGCUGGCGGCGCCGUUGACGGAAUUGAUUUUUCCGGUUCGGGCGUGCAGGAAUUGAAGGACGUGUGGCCGUGCCUCCGCGACAUCCGUGACGAAUUCGUGGCGGCCUUGUCCAUCUGGUCGGCCCGCCCCGCGGCGGGGGCGCCCUCUGCGCAAGCAGGGGCACGCGUUCCGCGGGCCGCGCCCAGGCCGCCGCCUGGCGGAGCGCCAGGGGCAGGUAAUCAGGCGCGACCAGGGGACAAGGCGCCGGAUUCGGGACUUGCUGCAGAGGUCGGCGACGCGGCGUUGGCGGCGCUCGGGUUCCUCGCUGCAGCACGCCUCCGGCGCGAGGUCGUGGCGCCCGGGGAGCUGGCGGAUGCGGUGCAAGCGUUGGGCCGCAUCACGCCGCACGUUUGGGAGGCGCUGGGCGACCCUGCGACGGCGGAUGCCUUCGUGGUGGCCAGGCAGUUCUGCUUCCGUUUCGCUUCCGAGCUGGUGCCCCUGCAAGCAGACGGGCCCCGCUCCAAGGUGGGGUAUCAAGUGUCGGCAUUCGCUGCCGAGGCAGUCUCGCUUGCUCCCGCGGGGUUUCGCGGGGGUGGCGCCUCGGUGCCGCCCGUGGUGCCCCAGGAGGGUUCUUGGCAGGACAUCGCGUCGUCUGCAGGUCACGGGGGACUGGGCCCGCGCUCACUGUCGGCGGCGUCCCCCAUGGGGUCGCUCGACCUGCCGUACGAGCCGUCGAGCCCCAGCCCGAUGUCGUCGCUCGGCGGCGCCGACGUCCCCCUCGACGCCACGGGGCGGGCGGGAGGGCGUACCCAGGCCAUCGAGGACGCCCCGGUGGACGUGUUGAAUUUCUCCGAGGUCUCCGCCCCCGAGACCGUGCGCGACAUCUGCCACGAGAAGGUGCCCGGCUGGUCCCUCCUGCCCAGGGAGAGCAUCAGGAUAGACCAGCUCUGCGAGGGCCUUUCGAACCAGAACUUCAAGGUUCAGGUUCCCAUAGCCACUGGUGACGGUCAUAUACCUCAAGUCCUGUUUCGAGUGUUUGGGAAGGAUGCCGGAUCUCAAGAUUCUGUUUCUAUUAUGCAACUUUGCAUUGCUUGCUCAACGAGUUUGUUUCUGGGAGCUGUCUGUUGA